AGUGUUAGCUACACCUGAAUCUCAUUACAUGCUCGAACCGACAUGCCAUAACGCACAGACCGCUGACAUUCUGCAAGCUGUCUGACUGCUGUUUUCCAUCACUCUAGGGCCACUGUAGUUUAGCUGAGCCAGUAUUCUCCUUAUUCUUGAUUUCCCUCCUCUCUUUCUUCUUUACUCUAUCCCUCCCUCUGUCUUGCCCUCCCUCUCUCAUCCUCUCCAGAGACCUUGGGCCACACACACCUCUGCCUGCAGCCUGAAACACAGAGAGAGAGAAUAAGAUUUUCCACAGUGUUUGUCACUGCUGUGAAACCAUGUUCCCUCUUCGGUCUGUCCUCUUGGCUGGCCUUGUCACUCUGUGCAUCAGUCAGUAUGACUAUGAUGAUUAUGACUACCAGCCUGCUGCACAGUUGAUGCCAUCCUCGCCCAAUUGUGCUCUGGAGUGCAACUGUCCCAUCAACUUCCCCACUGCCAUGUACUGUGAUGAGCGCAAACUGAAGAACAUUCCAUUUGUCCCGACCGGAAUCAAAUACCUCUACCUGCAGAACAACUUUAUCGAGGAGAUCAAGUCAGGUGUUUUUGACAAUGCCACUGACUUGCGCUGGCUUGUCCUAGACCACAAUAACAUCACCAGCGACAAGAUCCAGUCAGGGACCAUUGACAAGUUGGGCAAACUGGAGAAGCUCCUCUUCAGCUACAACAAGUUGAGCAAACCUCCUAAAAUUGGCUCCAAGUCCCUGAAUGAACUGAAGUUCAUUAGUAACAAACUUACUACAUUUCCCUCAGGCAUACUGUCAGGCAUGGAGAACCUCACUACCAUCUACCUGGCCAACAACAAACUGACCUCAGAAGGCAUCACCGGGGCCUUCAAAGGAUUGAAGUCAUUGAUGCUGCUGGAUAUAAGUGGGAACAAACUAAAAAAGCUCCCAGCAGGCAUGCCUGCUUCCCUGCUGAUGCUGUAUGCUGAUGGCAAUGAUAUUGAAAGCAUCCCCGGUGGCUAUCUGGCCAAACUGCCUGAACUUCAGUACCUGCGUCUCUCUCACAACAAGCUGGCAGACUCGGGUCUUCCAGCAGGAGUGUUCAAUGUAACUUCUCUCCUGGAGCUGGAUCUGUCCUUCAACAAGCUCCAGUCCAUCCCUGAGAUCAAUGAAGCACUUGAACAUCUGUACCUGCAAGUCAAUCAAAUUAGCAAAUUUAAUCUGCCCAACAUCUGCAAGAUUAUCUCACCUGUAAACUACUCCAGACUGAAGACGCUGCGUCUGGAUGGAAACAAUCUCACCCACAGUAGCAUGCCUGAUGAAGCAUCCGGCUGUCUCCGUCAAGCUUCUGACAUCAUUUUUGACUAGUUUUCCAACUCUGUGUCAACUUUGACCAGCCUCUUUAAAAGAUCUAUUCAAACAUCAGAUUUACAUUUUAAGUUUAUAUUUACUGAGGGUGACUUUCCCUCACAAAUAGUCAUAGCACACCAUAAUCAUUAUGUCUGUAUAGCCCCAAAUAACCAAAUAGCUUUCAGUUAUUUGUUGAAGGAGAUCUGUACAAUGGAAAAAUAUAAUACCAGCCAAAGUACACUGAGAUCUAUGUAGUAAAUCUUGAAAUAUUAAUUCUUGUCACAUUCCAGUAUCCGGUAUAAGGCGCACAUGUAUUAUGAAUGUUAGUGCAUUAAUACAAAACAUGCUUGAACACCUUUCCUUUUUAAUCCUAGCAUUCACUUCAAACAUUCCAGUAUCUAAUAUUUAUAUGGAUCAAAUUGAAGCACAGAUCCUCAUUUGCUCUUAUGCUUUUGUAUAGAUUGUCUCAAUGCUGGCACCGACACUCUAUAUUUACUGUACACAUGAUAAUAUUAAGCCUUCAGGAAUUAGCUUUAGCUUUAAAAGUGUUGUUUUAAUCAUCUCCGAUGAGUUAUAUCUGUAUCCUAUCUCUUUUCUGUUUUGAAUUGUAUAUCCAUUUAGCUAAAGAUGGCAUCAGCUGUAUUACACGUAGCGGGGGGGGGG